UGGGAACUUGUUUGCCACUCAUUUCACAAACGUGCCGCCUGUUGAACGCAACGCAAAGCGCGACGCACGCGCAUUUGCCUCCCCAAAGAAAUUUCAAAAUAAAGCAAAACGCAAUCAUACAAAAUCGACGUGAUAAUGUGCGCCUAAAAGAACUUGUAACACAAUCGAGAGAAAUCAACCAAAAAACAUUGAACAAAAAAUCGAAUCAAAAUCGUAAUCGUAAAAUUGUGAACGUGUUUGGCAUCACAACAACAUGGUAAUGGAGAUGUCCAAGACGUAUCAGUACCGCAAGGUGAUGAAACCGCUGCUCGAGCGCAAGCGGCGGGCACGCAUCAACAAAUGCCUGGACGAUCUCAAGGAUCUGAUGGUCGAGUGUCUGCAGCAGGAGGGCGAGCAUGUCACACGCCUGGAGAAAGCCGACAUCCUCGAGCUAACCGUCGAUCAUAUGCGAAAACUCAAGCAACGCGGCGGCCUCUCGUUGCAGGCCGUCGGCAACGUUGGCGGCGGUGGCAACGGCAAUGGUCCCGCCUCCAACACCAGCGCCGCCCACGUCGAGUCCUUUCGCUCCGGCUAUGUGCAUGCAGCCGAUCAGAUUACACAAGUGCUGUUGCAGACGCAACAAACCGAUGAGAUAGGCCGCAAGAUUAUGAAGUUUCUAUCGACGCGUCUAAUUGAGCUACAAACUCAAUUGCUGCAACAACAGCAACAACAACAGCAGCAGCAUCAGCAACAACAACAAUCCCUGCCUGCCGUCGGCUAUGCAUCAGGACGUUUGGCCUUUCCACUGCUGGGCAACUACGGCGCUGCGGCCGCAGCCAGUUACAGCGCCUUCCUGGCGGGCAAGGACGAACUAAUCGAUGUGACAUCCGUGGAUGGGACAGCGAUAUCCGAAACGGCGUCGGUCAGCUCGCAAGAGUCGGGCGCCUCGGAGCCCGUCUGGCGGCCUUGGUAAUCAACUGUGGCUGCCCUGGCGACAUCAACUAAUUUCUAGAUCUUAUCUUUAGUAUUCCAAAUGGCUAUUAACCGUUCGCUGCAGCAAUAGCAAUAGCAGCGAACAACAACAGCAAAAUCCGUUGUCUUCCAAAGCAAAUUGAAGCAACAAAUCAAAAGGAUCUGUUGAUCCGAUUUGUUUGCACUGUGCAUUGUUUUUAAAUACUUUUUAAGAUUAUUUUUGAUAAUUUUGUAAAUUUUUGUAUUUUAACUGUGAUACUAUAACUAAAGUACGUUGCGAUUCAAAUUAUAUUGAAAUUCGCAAAUUUCCUAA